AUGCCUCACGGGGUGGAGGAGAGGCCGGCCAUAGGGAAAAGCAGCAUCUUCAUGGAUGAGAUCCUGACGGCUGAAGAUGGUCCGCAUGGGAGGAGCUUCGAAGUUGUCAAGGGGCGCCACGAGGAGUGGAGGAUCAAGGUCAUGGGUUGCCAGCUUCAAAUUUUGGGUCUUUGCAAGGAGUUGAAGGCUGAGGUCAUGGUUGCCGGCUUCAAUUUUUUGCUAAGCAAUUCCUCAAGAGUCUUGCCAAGAUCUGAGGAUGAAGGGAAGAAUAAGAAUUUAACUAAACAGUUGAAGAAGAUCAAGGACCUACUAUGA